UAUCACCAGUCCGAGCAUCUGAGAAAUUCUUGGCUAACAUGUAUUCUGUAUAGGUCCGAGAUCUACCAAACACAGCCUAUGAUAUAAGGGCCGGUUCAGCAUAUCAAGGAUCCGUGAAAGUACAAGAAUACCAUAGGGACAUGGGAAUCUUUCUCCUCCAACAGCGCUAAUCAAAUGCCUCGUUCUUGAUGUCCAUGCAUCUCGUCUCUCAUGCUGUCAGGCAACCGCGGCAAAUGCGACCCGUUGAAAUCCUAUAUAUGCAUGCCCUCUCUCCCUUCCGAACCACAGGAAUUCAGCUCCUUUCCAAGUUAUGUAUCAGAACUACUACGAACACUCCUUGCCAUCUCAUAACCGCGCCCCGACCGUGAACGAGUACCGCGUUGUUCCUGCGUUGGCCCAACCAUACCACAACGCCAAGAGCCCGACAUACCCUCCUGCCCCCGUGUACCCCCCCGUUCAUAGCCACCACUCGAACCCGACAUCUGCUUACUCCCGGCGUCAUUCUCUCCCGAAUGGCGGUUCUUCCCCAUACCAUCCACCUCGCCAAGAGCCCAGCAGUGCUUUAGUCCCUUACAACCCCGCUGUCGCGGGAAUAAAUCGUUCCGCAUCUAACACGGGAAGCGACCCCAGCACCGCCCUCUUUCCCUACAACCAUGGGCGAAACCAGGCCUCCGAGUCUGCUUUCGUUCCUUACACUAGCCAAUCCCCUCCGUCCAACGCUAGUCGGAGCACCGACCGUAAUCGCGCUAAUUCUGACUCGAGGUCUACUUAUACCGGUUCCAGUAUCACGAGGAACAGCGCACUGAGCACUUCCUCUUGCUUGACCUGUUCAUCCUUCACCUCUUCCUCCUCCUACCCGGUCUGUUCAUCAACCCCAGCCCGAGACCGUCCUGGACAGAUCUUCCAGACCGUAAUUCACAUCCCCGCCGGUGGGGUAAACGUGUUCGUCGUCUAUCGCUGAGGUUAGAUGCGUCGUCAAGUUAGAGAACCUAUGUACUUGUAUACAAACACAAUAUGUGAUUUAUGUUUCAUUCACACCUUUGUUCAGGGGCGCAUUAUGAAGCGCAAUUUGAAUAGUACCAGAUCUUCGUAUG